GUGACCGCCGCGUAUAAAUAAACAAUCAACUAGUCGGAGGGAGAGGGCGAAGACGGCUGGGAUAAUUACCGAUUGGAUUCUACCCGUACGUAACCUCCGGGAUCUACCUACCUGUCGCUCCCACCUGCGACACGCGCCGCGCGCCAUACCCCACGAUAGGCCACGUGGCCGGCAGGUGUCUGAUGACGACCCUCUGGGUUAGCGGGACGAUCGCGCGACGUCCACCUACGGUAUAUCCUGUUUCCUCAUCGACACAUGUGUAAUACAGGAAACGUCGUUCGAAAAAACUACAGGAUAUGUUAGUGUUUCCCUCACUUAUCCGCUUUACAGCACCGACGUUCGGGUGUAGAAAGUCACGCGGAGUCGCCACGUUCUCGGUAAUGACUAAUUUGUAAACACUGGAACCUAAAAAGGAAAGCGGAUAUUCUAAUUUAUGGCAUUUCCUCACAAAAAUUAACUUAAUUUUUGGGAAUUUUUAGCUAAUUAAACUCGCUGACGGCAUAUUUGUUGCGUCACUUUCGCAAAUUUAAAUCGUCGCCACUCUUCUAAACACCAUCGCUAUCCCAAUUGUUUAGAAAUUAAUGCUUUCUCUGGGACAGAGCGAUACAUUAAGCGAGUCGCGCGAGAGGAGAUUUUUCAAAGUUUCGUAGGAUUGGAGGGGUGUUAGUGGUUGGCACGCUUCUCGCGCGGCUCAAACGCGUGGUGGACGCGUCGUCUAGAAAACGACGAAGGUGUUGGUCCAUCGAAAGUUUCGACUCCGCCUUCGACGCUUUAAAAAUGAGCUAACUCUCCGCGUUACGCACAGAUCGAAUAUUUUGCCGUUCACUAACGGCUCGUUCCGAAGACUAACCCACGAUUUUCCAUACAGAAAAGGGAGAAUUAUUAUUGCCGCCAUCGCUUCGCGCCAUUAUCUGGAGUGGCGUCGUCGGAAGCGACGAAUCAUUAAUUAAGAAGCGAUCGUUGGGUCGGCGUGACGCGCCAAGUUUUUUUAGGCGCGCGGAGCCGACGCGAAGCGGCGCCGCGCGAGGGACACCAACCGGGUUAAAGACCCCUACGCCUUGUUUACGCCAGUGCCGAGUUCGACGACGUCACCGGACGGCCGUCCAAUGGGGAGUCGAGGAGUCGUCACGUGCUAGUAACGUACGAGCUCGGACGUAGGAGAGUGGGAGUACGUCAGCGUCGAACACACCUGCGAGCGUUGUCACUAUAUGCACACCGGCGAUCCGGGGAGCGAAGAAGAAGACGCGGGGAGCUCGGACCCAGGGAUGAGCGCGGGCCGAGUGUGCGGUCCGGUGCAGCCGGAGGAGGGAGGAGAUAAGACGACGUCGGUGUCGACCGUCUGUCGGGCUCUGUUCGGUCCGACCGAUCAUGACAAAAAUCGGCAAUUCGUCAGAAGGGAAUUGGCCCUUCAACGACAGAAGGACAGGGAAACUUGGAACUUUGACUUCGACGAGGGAGUGCCGCUGACUGGAAGGUACGAUUGGACACCCGUGGCGCGACCCUACGCGUCCAGGUCCUCGACCGAAGACAGAAAAACUCCGCAUCGAAGAGCCAAAUCGGUGGCCGGUUGCAGCGCGGGGGGCGUGACCCAAACACGUAUACCAGAAUACAUGAAAAAAAGGAAACAGACGGGGGCAAGAAACAAAGCGGAAUCUUCGAGGUCGGUUAGCCCAAAGGCGGAAUAACCAAAAAAUAUCGAAGGCAAGUUCAGUCCCCGUUCUUUGUCAUGCUAAUUGUUUUUUAGAUCGUUCUAAAAAAUCAUUUUGCCUUUUCUUCAGGACGUCGGGUGACGAAAGGGGAGGAGGAGGGAGGCGAGAGCGCGAGAUGUCGGGCAUCAGUAUUUUUCAUACAUCCAUUUUUAAGAUCUCAUUAAGUUUUAUUUGUUCGAAAUUCUCAAUUAUUUAUAUAAUAGUCAAGUAAUAGCUGAAUAUUGUAUAUAUUGUAUAAUUUAACAUAAGUCGUUUCACUAAUUUUUUUUUGUGUUGGGAUUUUGCACAGCUUAAAAUAAUUUAUUUAUUAAGCUUCUUCGUCGCUGCGGCCGACGUCACGACAAAAAAAAAAGAAAAAAAAUUUCCAAGCUGCAGCUGUUAUACAAUUGUCACUUAAAAUUUUAUAUAUAAAAUAUAUUUAUGUAUAUACACCAGUAUGCAUAUAUAUAAUGUAUGCGCUUCUACCUUAUACAUAUAUAUAUUUAUUAUGCAUAUAUGUAAUGUAUACACUUAUUAAAAAGUGAAAUUUUAUUUUAAAAUAAACGUGUUUCGUCGGAACGGUCGUCUCGGAUUUAUAUAUAAAUAUAUUAUUAUUAUUAUUAUAUUAUAUUAAUUAAUAUGAGAAAAAACGUUAGGUAAACGUUCCUACGUUUUUUUUUUUACAUUUUAUCACAAUUUAUUUUCAUUUAAUGUAAUUAUUUUUACAUCACCUAAUCGAGUACAAUUUUUCACACGCUUUAUUAUUAAAAAAAUAUUGUUUUUUUUAUGUGUAAACUAUUUUGGCUUAAUAAAAAGGUGAUAUAUUGUUUGUUCCGAUCGAAUAAAUUGAAAAAAUAAAAAUGUCGGAUUUUCUUGUAUAAAAAAAAAAAACAAAUUGUACAGUAAUAAGCUUUAAUUUAAAAUAUCAAAAAUAUUUUAUAUUAUAUAUCAAAAUAAUCGAAACUGACAGAAUCACUCUUUUAUAAUCUUGAAAACGAGAGAAAAUAAACUGGGAAUUAUAAAUCUGUUAA